UUUGUCAGUGCACAGCCGUCCGUGUCAUAGAAUAGAUGCUUCGGGUCCUAGCGUAUUUGAGAACCGCGCGCUCUUUGCUCUCCUCCUUCCCACAAACAUCGUGGGACUGAUUUUUGAAAUAGUGCGCGACACAAUCGAUCGAGCACCUCAACAACGACCAAGGACACACUUCUUAAGCACCGUCAGAUUCCCGGGAACAUACCGACCAAGGGAAAGGCGCACGUUUUGCAUCUACCGAAAACAGCAGAUUUCCUCAUCGAGUACGAGAGCGAACCAAAAAAAAAGUGGAGCGCGUAUCCAAAAGGGUGGUCAGAGUGAAGACAAUGAAAAUCUUGAACUAGUUACCACCUCAAAGUGAGUCUCGAUCAACUGAAACAGAAGGAAAAAAAAUCAAACAAAUUGUUGAGUUAGUGUUUUUGGUGGCAUCGUGGAGAGGAAACCUUUUUUUUUUCAAAGUCACGCGAAGCAAACCGAAAGAGUGAACACAAUUUACCAACCCAAUUCUGCAAUCGAAACCGCGGCUCAAGUGCGGCUACGCUACCGUUGGAGUAAAAGAGGACAGUGGGAAAACAUUUUGUCCAAAAUGGCUCAAAUUUCAUCUUUUACCGAAGAGCAGAUUGUCGCCCGCGAGCAGUGUGGUUUAAAUUCGUUCGAUUCCGAAAUGCAGAUUUGAGGGAAAGAAAGUGCUUUGAGGACGUUGACUGUGCACCCGGCAACGAGCAACGACAGAAGGCUCUGAUAGGUUUCCGCGACCGGAUAGUGCUAUGCUUGAAAGUUAAUACCAUUCUUUCCGAUACUUCGUGACUGGAAGAAGUGUCUGUACAAAGAAGAAGAGGACUGUACAAAAUUAUUUGAGCUAAGAGAAGGGUUGAUUCUCAAAAGACGACAACGGAGAGAGGAAAGGGGAAAGUGUGUUGAUCCGCAGGCAAGAGGCGUUCAUAGCUUGUGCUGGCGGUCAUCGAACGAUCGACGAGAACCUGAGGAAAAUUGUUUAUUUUGUAGCUGACAUAUACAAAAUCAUUUCACAUUUUAGUAGGAUGGAACAAAUUGUAAAUUUGAUUGUUUGCUUUUUAAUGAUUUCAACCAUCAAUCGAGCCUACAGCUAUCCAACACCAAGUGAUAUUCUAUCAGGGAAAGAGUUCCUAUCGCUUCUCAUGGAACCGGAAAUUCGAAGCAGCAGAAGUAAUGACGGCGGCAGCACGGACAACCAACGAUCAUCAGUGACAGCUCGUUCCCAGCGAGGGUCGCACAAGUUUAGUCAGUUCUACUACGAUGUUGAAGACGAAGCAAGCAUAUUACCCAUUGAAGCGCUGUUCACUUCCCAGGAAGAUCAGGGUCGAAGUGGCUCCGAAUCGUACGGCUAUAGGAAUAAACCUCGGCCUAGAAUUGGGAAAUUGUUGUUAGGUAUGACGACGACCACUGAAAUUGCGGAAGAAUUUGAAGAUUCUGAAGUUACUGUUACUGAAUCGACCAUCCCUACCAGUGAGACAACCGAAAGCGAUACGAGCGAAAGUACCAUAUAUACAACGGAACUACCAUCAGAGACAGAUGCUACCUACAGUAGUGCAUCGAGUACUGUGGCAACAACGUCUACUAGUCAUCGACCACAAAAUAUCGUGCAACAAAUGCACAUGAAGAGUUCUGCGAAAUCGCGUGAAUCCAUGGAGUCUGUACAGUUGAAUGAAGGAGAUCGAACUGUGGAUUCGAAGUCAUAUCGCAGUGAGUUCAUGAUUGAAGAAAGUGCUCCUUCAAUGACUCGUGACGACAAAGAGUCCGAACGUGGAGAGUCGAGUAAUAUCCAUCGUGUUGUGCUUCCACCGGGCACAGAAAUGGCUCGUGUUCAACCAGUUCGGGGCCGAAUGCAGCGCAAGCAGGACCCCGUGGCGCAACUACAGACUGUCAUAUAUCACGACAAGAAAAAUGACAAUGACCAACCCCAUUCGGUUUCGUACAGCUUCAUAGGUGAAACUGCUCCCACGUUAAAGACGUGGAAAGACAUAGACGAGGAAUACCUAUCAAAACCGAAAGCACAAAAAAACGAAACUAUGGAAACCGCCAGCAAACCACAUCAAUCAGAGCCCGCAAAAGUAUGGUCGGAGCCCGAAAAGAAUUACAGUGAACCAGCCAAAAUAUGGUCACAACCGGCAAAAUUUUACUCUGAACCGGCAAAAUUUUAUUCUGAGCCGGCCAAAAUAUACUCCAAGCCGGCGGAAAUAUAUUCUGAACCUGCUAAAAUUUACUCCAAGCCCUCCAGCUACUGGCUAACCGCUUACGAUAACCCUCCCCCAGUUGUUAAAAUGUCUACCACUACUCUGAAGCCCAUUGAUGAGCCGAAACGCACAGUAUUUAAUGAGCUAGAUAAGAUACCAUACGAUGAACUGAAUGCACCGGCAGAUAAUCCUAACACCAUUCAGAAUGCGAUUGGAAAAUUUGUACCGAAACAGACACACGAUUCGUCGGAGAAGUUCAACAAUAAGCCAACUCCCGAUCCGACGGAGAUUGUCGAUCCGUAUGUGGAGAAGCACGGAACGAAGGCAGGUGCACCAACACUGGUGCAAGCUCUUGCCCCCGCUACCGGAUCAGCCAAUGACUCCAAGGUGGGAUACGUAGUUGAGGGACGCGAUUAUAAGAAAUAUCGUGUUGAAGAGAAGACACCAGACGGGUUCAUCGUCGGAGAGUACGGCGUGUUGAGCCACAACGAUGGCAACCUUCGAGGGGUCCGUUAUACGGCGGAUUCAGACAUAAACCCGCGAUUAAUUUAUGACGCAUUGCUUAAAUUUCUCUCACUGUGAGUGACAGGAGACAUGGUCUGAAGGUAACUGUUGCCAAAUAGAGUCAAACUCUUUUCCCUCGGAUUAAAAUAGCUUCAAUAUCUGUUUGAAAACACUAUUCGAAAAAUGAAAAUGUUCAGCCGGUCGAAUACAACAACUAAUUUCACACACGGAACAUCAAAUCAUUCAGUUUCAUUUAUGGUGAGAAGAGUUCAAAAACUAAGUCGAUGCCAUACAAACACUCCUCACCCAUUACUGUGUACUCUAAGACAAUAUUCGUGGCAAACUCAUAACGUAAUCGCCUCUUUUUUUACAUAAUAGCAAUUGAAUCGCGUCAAAUGGAAAUUGAAAUUGAAUGUGAUAGUAGAUUAGGAUAAUUAAUUUAUUAGAUAGCUCCUUCUGCAUAUAAGCAACAUGUCACCUUAAAAAUGCUCAAAUGGUAAGCUUCUCUAGACGUUGACUCUCUAUUCUUUCGAAACGAAUUCUUGCCAUAUCGAAUCGCACUGAAAUAUAAUAGCAGUAAGGCAUCAUUUAGUUUUAGAUUUAGACCUAUGGUGAUUGUACAUGUUUCUGGAGGAUACCCACUCAGUAAUCUUCACUAAAACAAAAGGCAGGAAUAUGGGGAGGCAUUGCAUCUAGAUCGGAUAUCGAAUUCAUGCAAGAAGAAAAGCUUCGGUUAACAAUACCUCGUUGAAAAAUUAUGAGAAAUUGUUAACGAUAAAAAUACCCAUAGAAAUCCAAUGGUAGUAUUAUUUUCUCUCACUCAAAUCAUGAUUCAAAUUUAUGGCUGGCGUAUUAGUAGACGCCGACGUAUGGACACGUGUACUGGUGCUAUGUCACUGUGAGUGAACAAAUGCGAUACAAUCGUACAUGACCCUGACGUAUAAAACUGGUACUUAUUAUGGUAUACUUCCUAUCCGAACUUGAUAUGCUCUUUUCUUUUCAGUCAACCUUUAUAGUUUUGUUUAGAUGCACGAACCUAUCUAUCUUGACUUGUAUAUGAAGAAACAUGUAAUUCCAUCAUAGGUCAGAAACGCAGCAGCAAUUUCGCUCAACCGACAAAUAACUCAAGUAUACAGUCUACUGUAGUAAAGUCAUGUAGGAAACUAUGUUAACUGUCAUAAGUCCAAAUCAUUAUUUGAGUACUAAUCUUUCAUGAAAACAUCAUCCCGAACUAUUACGACUGUCAAUCAGGAUCGUUAUAGUGAAAAUACUCGAACUUAUUGUAAUCGAUAAUCUUCAUCAUCCUUUGUGCGGUGUCUAUUCAGUCAAGAAUCAUACUAAAUAUGAAGGUAUCACUGAAGCCAAGAUCUCUCGUUGAGAUUUUCAGGUAAAUCAUACAAAUAAAUUAUAUUGAA